AUGUCUAAGGGUACUGAGAUUCCAGCUCUAGGACAGCACGUGGAGCUUGGCAUGCUGUACGACAUGCAUUCAGAUUGCUUUCUUCAGGGAUCGGUUCUGUGGGAUGAGGAGGCCAUCAACAAGGGCACACAUGAGAGUAACGCCCCAUGUGUUCGCGCUAAAGUGGAGGUGGAGGACUCCCUGAAGAGCAACACCAACAUGUUCAAAAUGCAAGCCUCCAUGAAGGCUAGUUACCUGGGUGGGAUGGUUGUAAACACGGUUACAGAAGAUCUGGGACAAGAUCUUGAAGAUGUGUUUGAAGAUAUCAAAAAAGCAGAAAUCAAAGCCAAAGACCUGAUUGAUGCUUGCGAGGACCUAAAGAUCCACGCAAUGAAGGACAAGAUAACCAGAUUCCAAGAAGAGCUGAGGGAUUACAGAAUUCACUUGAAGAUGAACCUGAAGACACUUCUGCCACUCAUUCGUCGAGGUGAAGAACAAUUGCAGAAGCUGGAAGACAUCAUCAAGUUCCAUGAAGAGUCAGUUUUCAACCUGACACAGAUGCUCAAAUGGCUAAAUUCCCAGAACAACCUAAUAACAUGGCUGAAAGACAUGGCAAAUGAGGGUGUUGACAAAGUGUCAUGCCCAGAUUUGUUUUCUCACACCAAUAAUUACUCACUCAAGUGGCUGUAUGUGCUGAGCUUCACGUCGCUGGAAGAAGAAGACCCAUACCUCUCCACACUCUCAAAGUUUCUGGACAUCGAUGCGUUCAAGAAAAUGGAAGACAUUUCUGUAGCUCGCCAGAGCAGCAAAGAGCUCAAGAGCACUGCAGUGACCCCGCCGUACGAAAGGAUUGAAGUGAAAGCAAGCAUGAAGGGACCAAUUGAUGAGUUUAGGAAAACAAAGGAGAAGGAUGAGGAAAAGGAAAAAGAACAUGAGAAUGGCAAGAAGGAGAAAGUGGUUGGAGUUGGAUUUUUUCAACUGUUCCGCUUUGCCACGUGGCAGGACAUCGUGAUGAUGGUGGUGGGGGGUCUGUGUGCCCUGAUCCAUGGCGCUGCCAGCCCGGUCAUGCUCGUCAUCUAUGGCAUGAUGGCCGACACAUUCGUGGCCUAUGAGCUAGAGAUGCAAGAACUGACAGACCCCAACAAGACGUGCAUCAACAACACCAUCACCUGGCUCAAUGGAUCUAUAUACCAAACAGCGGACAACACGACUUAUUUCUGUGGAGUGGAUCUUGAGGCGGAGAUGACAGUGUUUGCCUUUUACCUCAUUGGUAUUGGAGUGGGUGUCUUCAUCGUCAGCUAUUUCCAAAUUGCCUUGUGGGUUACUGCUGCGGCCAGGCAAAUCCAAAAAAUACGAAAGGUCUAUUUCCGCAAGAUAAUGCAGAUGGAGAUCGGUUGGUUUGACUGCAACUCCGUCGGCGAAUUGAACACAAGGAUAUCUGAUGAUAUCAACAAGAUCAACAGUGCCAUAGCUGACCAGGUGGCCAUCUUCAUCGAGAGGCUGGCCACCUUCAUCUUCGGCUUCACCGUGGGCUUCAUCGGGGGCUGGAAGCUCACCCUGGUCAUCAUAGCAGUCAGUCCUCUCAUCGGCCUGGGGGCCGGGUUGCUGGCUCUGGCUGUAGGCAGUCUAACUGGUCGGGAGUUGAAGGCCUACGCCAAAGCCGGAGCUGUUGCAGACGAGGUGCUUUACUCCAUUAGGACCGUCGCAGCCUUUGGUGGGGAGGACAAGGAAGUGGAGAGGUAUGACCAUAACCUGGGGGAGGCCCAGGCGUGGGGAGUGAAGAAGGGCACCAUCACGGGCAUGUUCCAGGGCUACCUCUGGUGCAUCAUCUUCCUCGCUUACGCCCUCGCUUUCUGGUACGGUUCCCAGUUAGUCCUGGACACUAAGGAGCUCACACCCGGAAGCCUUAUGCAGGUCCUCUUUGGUGUUUUGUUGGGCGCGAUGAACAUCGGCAUGGCCUCCACGUGCCUCGAGGCCUUCACGUCUGGCUGUGCGGCGGCCAAAAGCAUAUUUGACACCAUAGAUAGGGAGCCAGAGAUCGAUUGUUUCUCUGAGGCCGGGCACAAACUGGAGAAAGUGAAAGGAGACAUUGAAUUCCACAAUGUAGAUUUUAACUACCCCUCACGACCCGAUGUCAAGAUUUUGGACAGCUUGAGUAUGGUAAUAAAAGCAGGAGAGACAACGGCGUUUGUUGGCCCCAGUGGCUCAGGAAAGAGUACCACCAUUCAGCUGAUGCAGAGAUUCUACAACCCGCUGCAGGGAAUGGUGAGCCUGGACGGCCAUGACAUCGGGAGUCUGAACGUGCCGUGGCUGCGCUCCCUCAUCGGCAUCGUGGAGCAGGAGCCGGUGCUCUUCGCCACCACCAUCACCGAGAACAUCCGCUACGGCAGGCCCGGCGUCACCAUGGAGGAGAUCAUCGAAGCCACCAAGCAGGCCAACGCUUACAACUUCAUCAUGGAGCUACCACAGACAUUUGACACUCUGGUGGGUGAGGGAGGAGGUCAGAUGAGUGGUGGUCAGAAGCAGAGGAUUGCCAUUGCUCGGGCGCUGGUCAGGAACCCCCGCAUCCUGCUACUGGACAUGGCCACCUCCGCCUUGGACAACCAGAGCGAGGCAGUGGUACAGGAGGCUCUGGAUAAGGCCCGUUUGGGGAGAACCACCAUCACCAUUGCACAUCGCCUCUCCACCAUCCGCAACGCCGACGUCAUCGUGGGCUUCGAGCAUGGGAAGGCGGUGGAGCGAGGCCUUCACGCCGACCUGAUGGAGCGCAAGGGCGUCUACUUCACCCUGGUGACGCUACAGAACCAGGGCCAGGAGCAGGAGCAGGCCCCGGGCACGGAGAAGAGCAGCCCACCUGAAAAUGGGAAAACCAAGGUGACGUUGGAGAGGGAGAAGACCCUGAGCCAAAGAAGGUCAAGUUCAAUAAGAAAAAGGUCCUUCCGUCGGAAACGAACAUUGUCACAGAAAUCUGAGGACUACAUCCCAGAUGCCAUAUCUGGACAGCUUCGCAUCGACAAAGAUAUUUAUGAGGCAGAUGAGGAGUCAGACGUGGAGGAGUAUGUGGAGCCAGCGCCAGUGGGCCGCAUCCUGAAGUACAACUCCUCCGAGUGGCCCUACCUACUAAUAGGCUCCCUCGGGGCCGCCAUCAACGGCUCUGUCAACCCUAUGUAUGCUGUACUGAUGAGCCAGGUCAUAGGGUCGUUCGGCCUUGAAGACCCGGAGCAGACGAAGAAGGAGAUUAAUGGGAUAUGUUUGGUGUUCGUCGCUGUGGCUGGCAUCAGCUUCGUUUCACAGUUUUUACAGGGGUUCUCCUUUGCCAAGUCUGGGGAGCUGCUGACGCGGAGGCUGAGGAAGAUGGGCUUCCAGUCCAUCCUGAAGCAGGACAUCGGCUGGUUUGAUGACCCGAAGAACAGCCCCGGGGCUCUGACCACCAGACUGGCCAGCGAUGCUGCCAUGGUGCAGGGGGCCACGGGGUCCCAGAUUGGCAUGAUCGUGAACUCCAUCACCAACAUCUUUGCCUCCCUGGUGAUCGCCUUCUUCUUCAGCUGGAAGCUGACUCUGGUGGUUGUCUGCUUCCUGCCCCUGAUUGGCCUGUCUGGAGCCUUCCAGGCCAGGAUGCUCACCGGGUUCGCCAAAGAAGACAAGAAGGCGAUGGAGGACGCAGGACAGGUUUCCAGUGAGGCAAUGUCCAACAUCAGGACCAUCGCCGGCCUGGCCAAGGAGCCCCAGUUUGUGGAGCAGUAUGACCGUCAGCUGGUGGCCCCAUACAAGGCGGCCAAGAAGAAGGCCCACGUCUACGGCCUCUGCUUUGCCUUUGCCCAGUGUGUCAUCUUCAUGACCUACGCGGCCUCCUUCAGAUUCGGCGGCUACCUGGUCAAGCAAGAAGGCCUUGCGUAUAUGAUCGUCUUCAGAGUUGUUGCAGCGAUUGUGACCUGUGGAACUGCUUUGGGAAGAGCAUCAUCAUACACUCCAGACUAUGCCAAAGCCAAGAUUGCCGCUGCCCAGAUCUUUGCUGUUUUUGACAGAGUCCCAAAGAUCAACACAGACCCAAAAGUGGGACGAACUUGGGAUGCCUUCAAAGGGGAAGUGGAGUUUGUGGACUGCAGGUUCACGUACCCGAGCCGUCCGGACGUGCAGGUGCUGCGGGGGCUGAGCGUGGCGGUGAAGCCCGGCCAGACCCUGGCACUGGUGGGCAGCAGCGGCUGCGGAAAGAGCACCAGCGUCCAGCUGCUGGAGAGGUUCUACGACCCCGACGAGGGCAGAGUGUUGAUAGAUGGGUGCCCGUCGCGGGCGGUCAGCGUGCCGUUCCUGAGGGCUCAGAUCGGCAUCGUAUCCCAGGAGCCUGUGCUGUUCGACUGCAGCAUAGCGGAGAACAUCGCCUACGGAGACAACACGCGCACCGUCACCACCGAGGAGAUCACCGAGGCGGCCAGGAAAGCUUUCCUCCACGACUACGUCACCUCACUGCCACAGGGUUAUGAUACGCAGGUGGGGGCCCAGGGCUCUCAGCUGAGUAGGGGCCAGAAGCAGCGCAUAGCCAUCGCCAGAGCCAUCGUCAGGAACCCCUGCAUACUGCUGCUGGACGAGGCUACCUCCGCACUCGACACGGAGAGUGAGAAGACAGUGCAGGUGGCUCUGGAUGCGGCCAGGCAGGGCCGUACCUGCAUCACCAUCGCCCACCGGCUCUCCACCAUCCAGUCGGCCGACAUCAUCGCCGUCAUGUCCCAGGGCGUGGUCAUCGAGCAGGGCACGCAUGAGGAGCUGAUGGCCCUCAAGGCAGCCUACUACCAGCUGGUCACCACCGGGGCACCCAUCAGCUGAAGCACCUGUGGACCAUGGCUGUUUCCCAAUGUCCAGUGCUCUAGCUUUGUGAUUGAAUACUCCCAAUACGCCCAGUGAUUGAAUACUGUUUGGUGAACACCGCGAAGCAUCCAAUCACUGGGCGUUUCACGUCCUAGCAAAGCUAGAACACUGGACAUUGGGAAACAGCCCAUAUUGUUAGGUUUCCCGUUUACAAACAUGCACACUGUGAUGCUAAGAUGCCAAUCACAUGAUGAGCGCAUGUUUCGAGCGACAGCAGUUUCCAAGCAAUCAGACUUUGCAGGCGGAUCCUCAGCUGCGUGCACAGACAGGAAUGUUUCGUAUACAAGAAACUGCUCAUUCCCAGUUUGACUUACCUUUCUCACUGUAUCGUUUUUGUUUUAUCUUGUAAAAAAAUGAUUUCAUGAAAGUAUUUAUUACAGUAAUGUAUUUAUAUUCUCUUAUUUAGAUUUCCUGACAACAUUAAAUCACUUGUAUG